CUAGUAUAUAUCACUCCAGUAGUGCUGUGAUUCACCAGCAUUGGCACAGUCCCUUUAAGACAAGCAAAGCAUUCAAAGUGCUGCUGAGGUAAACAGAAACCUUUAUGCAAAGUGAGGCCUUCUGCAAGUCAACUAACCCGUUUGUGCAGCAUCCGGUGUGCUGCAGAAGCCAGUAGACCACAGGAAGCCUGCAGCUCUUGAAUUUAUGGCAGAAAACUCUUAGUGCAGUAUGUCUGUGCAUGUGUGUGAUUCUGUCUGCUUCACAGAGUGCCUAUCUCUCUAUCUUUCCCUCUCUGUUUUUCUGUGUGUGGUUAGUCAGCCCUCCCCGUCUCCUCUCUAUUCUGUUUGCAAGCUCCUAGUGAGUAACUGAACAAGUGGGCUGUUCCACCCUGUUUUACCCUGGGCUACACUGAGCUGAGUGAUUGUCACCCAGAUGGAGAGCGAGGUGUGGGGGGAUAUCAGCAUAGAGGAAAUGAUUGAAAAACUGCACAAGGACUUCCAGGAGGAGAUGACGGUGGUUUUGGAAAACAGGAGAAAGCUGGAGAGGGUUGGCUCAUGCUUGGCCCAGGUCAGCCGGGAGGGCAUGACCUCCGAGACCCAGCCCAAUGCGGAGGGGACUCGUGAGCACUGGCAGCACUUGCUGAACCUCAAUGGGGCCAGGGUGAAGAGGCUGCAGAAAACACUGAUUGCUGUGGAGCAACUGGAGAAGAACAUGAGCAGCCUCCAGUCCUGGCUGGCCCAUAUUGAGACCAAGCUGUCUGACCCCAUCACCUAUCAUACCUGCGACUCCCAGGAGAUCCAGAGGAAGCUAAGCCAACAACAGGAUAUCCAGAGAGACAUCGAGGAGCACAGCACAGGCAUGGAGUCUGUGCUGAGUCUCUGUGAGGCCAUGCUGCAGGACUGUGACGUGUGUGACACUGACACCCAGUUCGACUCCAUACAGCAGGCCUCUCGUACCCUGGAGCAGCAAUGGAGGACUGUUCAAGCGACAUCCGCACAGAGAAUAAACCAGAUCAAGGAAACUGGGAGUUUGUGGGAGAGGUUCAUGGAGGACUUUUCCUGCUUUGAGGACUGGCUUCAGGCCUCUGAGAAGAUGGCUGCCUUGCCCAGUUCCUCUGGGCUGCUCUACACUGCAGCCAAACAGGAGCUUAAGAAGCUUAAGGCCCUGGAACAGCAGGUGCAGGGGAACGUGACCCAGCUGGACAUAAUCAUCAGACAGUACCAGCAUCUAGAGCGAGAGGACCGCACAGAUGACUCAUGCCAGCUCCGGGACAUGGUGCAUGAUGGGAAACAACGCUGGGAAGCUUUGAAUGAUAUGGUAGCCUCUGGUCUGCAUAGACUCAAGGAGUUCAUAGGAGUGAGGGAGGCGUUUGAAUCAGCCAGAGAUGCAGUCCUAAUAUGGGUGACCACCAUUGACCUGCAGCUGACCAACAUUGAACAUUUUUCCGAGUGUGACCCAGAGGAUAAAUUUACCCUGUUCCAGGUAUUGCAGGAAGAGAUCUCUCUGAAUGCAGGCAAGAUUGAGGAUACCAUCCACCAGGGAGAGCUCCUGAUUCAGAGGAGUGAGCCCCUUGAUGCCACUGUUAUUGAGGAAGAGUGUGCUGAGCUGCACAGAUACUGCAAGGAAGUGUUUAGCUGUGUGGAUUGUUACCAGGAGAAGCUCAUUCGUCUGCCGUUUGCAGUGGAUGAGCAUGGCCUUUCUGACCCGGAGGAGUCAGAAGAGCUGGCCGAGUUUCUUUGGAAUGGAUGUGUCAGUGACAGUCGCCUGGCUUCGCCCCCUUCCUCCGCAGUAUUGCACAUGCAGGGUGAGGAUUCGGGACGAGGAAGUCCUGCCAGCGCGGACUCCAUUCCCCUGGAGUGGGACCAUGAAUAUGACCUGUCACACAUCUCUGCUUUUCACUCAGGUUAUGUUGGCUCACUGGACACGUAUGUUCAGCAGCCGCAAAAGUUCCUUCAUACCAGUCACCUCUACUUAACAGAUUGGUCUGAUUUUGUUUACCCCACUAGUACAGAGUCAGGAACCACGGACUUGAUCGAGCAUUGGGAGCUGACCCCAGAGCAGGUGUCAAUUGAGGAGCUCUGCAUGAAACAUGACCUGCAUCAGGGGCAACAGCUGAACUCUCAUGACCUACAGAGAUUAUGGGUGGGACUUGGCCUGGCAGAGGCAGAGCUGGACCAACUUCGGGGGUGGGACGUCAGAGCUAAUCCCCAGACCACUGAGCUACACAUCAGGAGGUUCAAGAAAAUCCAUGCAGAGCUGACGGAGUUACGACUGAUGGCUAAAUUGCCAGGAGACCCGUCCUGCCGGCCGCUAACCAAAACAGAAUCAGGGGACUGCCUGGAGGCAGAGGAGAAGGAGCACCACUUCAGAGGCCGACUUGAGUGGCUCCUGAAGGAAUUUACCAGGGUCAUCGGGGAGCUGGAAUGUGCUCCAGACAUUGGAGGUGGCUGGGAGCCACAGUGUAAAGGCAGCUCAACACAGCCUGAACCCACAGUCAGUACUCAACAACCCAGGACUCACAGAGGUGUCAGUUCUGCCCUCUCCUGCUCUGCGUGGUAUUGGCAGGCCUUCCUCCGGCGUGUGCUGUGGACCGCCCUGCCCCUCCAGUUCUUCUUCCUUGUCCUCCUCGGCCUGGCUUGCUUGGUGCCUCCAACCCAGGAGGACCACAGCUAUGCCCUUGCCAAAAUCCUUGUACAAAAUCUGCACCCCACACUGUACUACACUCAUGGACCACCACCUAUAUGAGCAGAGAGGGGACUGGCUAUUUUUUUUUUCAUCUCUGACAAUUCUGUGAAUGUAAGUCUACUUCAAUCAGCAGCCAAUCAUCGGCAGGACGAAGCGCAGUAUCUGGGGUUCAUAUUAUCUGGUUCACAUGAUUUAAAUUCAGUUGUUUUUGUCUUCAGUGCAGGGUCUUCAUUGUUAUAUAAAAUGGAGGGAAAACGAAACAAAAAAGAUUAUUUCAUAGAAUGCAAUUAAUUUUAGGACUGCUGAAGAGAAGUGCAGAUGUAGAUCUUUCACAGAACUGACCAUUUUUGUUUGAAUUGCACAAUGAAAUAUUAAAUAUUAUAAAUCUUAAAUAUUAUUUCAAAAAUAUUAUGUUUGCGUUUUUGUUAUGUAUUUUUGUGUGGAAUUAUGAUUUUUGAAUAUUUUUUAAAAAAUGGCACCAGUACUUUCAACUAAUUUGUGCAAUAAGAGGAAAACAAACAUUUCCCUCCUUAUCUCUCAGAAAUAACAGGAACAAAACUCUUGUGUCUAAAAUAUACAAACACUCACCUCAGCAGAUGACAGUAUUUAUAUUUGAAAGACAAAUGGACUGAAAAUAUUGGUAUCUGCAAUAAUCUGAAAUACUGGAACAAGUAUAAAAGAAUAUUCUCGUCCUCAUGUAAGCAUUUUAUUCAGACAGUAUUUACAGUUCUGUGAGAAGUGUACCCCUUAUGAGGUCUUGUUUGUUAGACCCCGUAAGGUCUUCAUUUUAAUAAUAUUGACAAAUAAAGA